CGCUGAGCGGAGGGUGAGGAGGCCUGCCGACUCUCUGACGCCAGGUCGAGCUGCAGACUAAACUGAGGCGGUGGGAGCGCUCAGGAGCGGCCUGCAUUCAGAUCCAGCGCAGGGGCGGCAGGGACAGAAAAGUGACUGUAAGGAUCACAGAGGACCUUGGAGGCUUUGGAAGGACCUGGAAUACAAAUAUUCCAAAAUAAAUAAUCCGUCCCUCUUUUUUUAACUGAUUCUGGACAAUCUCCUACUGCUGCUCACGCUUCUUUAGGCGAGUGCAGAAGAGCAACUUGCGCACCAUGAAUGUUACUUCGCUCUUCUCCUUCACCAGCCCAGCUGUCAAACGGCUGCUGGGCUGGAAGCAGGGCGAUGAAGAGGAGAAAUGGGCGGAAAAAGCUGUGGAUGCUCUGGUUAAGAAAUUGAAAAAGAAGAAAGGAGCCAUGGAGGAGCUGGAAAGGGCUCUCAGCUGCCCGGGUCAGCCCAGUAACUGUGUGACAAUCCCUCGAUCGCUGGAUGGACGGCUGCAGGUGUCCCACAGAAAGGGUCUGCCACAUGUCAUUUACUGUCGGGUGUGGCGCUGGCCUGACCUGCAGUCCCACCACGAGCUGAAGGCGCUGGAAUGUUGCGAGUACCCCUUCGGCUCCAAACAGAAGGAUGUGUGCAUCAACCCCUACCACUACAAAAGAGUCGACAGUCCAGUGUUGCCUCCUGUUUUGGUGCCAAGGAACAGUGAGUUCAACGCCAAGCACACGAUGCUGCCUCGCUUCCGUAACCCCCUUCAGCAGAAUGAGCCACACAUGCCCCAGAACGCCACCUUCCCAGAAUCCUUCACUCAGGCAAACACUGUUCCACACUCGCCAUCCAGCUCUGACCCAGGCAGUCCGUUCCAGAUGCCUGAAACCCCCCCACCUGCUUACAUGCCCCCAGAAGAGCAGAUGACGCAGGACUGUCCUCAGCCAAUGGACAUCAACCUCAUGGCCCCGCCUCUGCCUACAGAGACGAGCAACAGGGCAGAUGUGCAGCCCGUGGCCUAUGAGGAACCAAAGCACUGGUGCUCCAUUGUUUACUAUGAGCUGAACAAUCGUGUUGGUGAGGCCUUCCAGGCUUCUUCCACCAGCGUGCUUGUUGACGGCUUCACAGAUCCCUCCAACAACCGCAGCCGCUUCUGCCUCGGUUUGCUCUCCAACGUCAACCGUAACUCUACCAUCGAGAACACCCGACGGCACAUCGGCAAAGGUGUCCACCUGUAUUACGUUGGAGGAGAGGUGUAUGCAGAGUGCCUCAGUGACAGCAGUAUCUUCGUACAGAGUCGUAACUGUAACUACCACCACGGCUUCCACCCAACAACUGUGUGCAAGAUUCCCAGCAGAUGUAGCCUGAAAAUCUUCAACAACCAGGAGUUUGCUGAGCUCCUGGCCCAGUCCGUUAACCACGGCUUUGAGGCCGUUUAUGAGCUCACCAAAAUGUGUACUAUCCGGAUGAGCUUUGUUAAGGGUUGGGGAGCAGAGUACCACCGUCAAGAUGUGACCAGCACACCCUGCUGGAUUGAGAUUCACCUGCAUGGCCCGCUGCAAUGGUUGGAUAAAGUCCUGACCCAGAUGGGUUCCCCUCACAACCCGAUAUCCUCUGUCUCGUAGGCGUCAGUAACCCCAGGCCUGUCAGCCAUGCGGCUGUCCAUACCCCACCAUUUUGGUCCAAGUAGUGAGAAUAGCAGCUAACUGGUCCCAGAUUGUUUUGUAGUUGAGUCAGUUGUCUGUAGCAGAUGUGGUUUUGGACUGAAGAACAAACUAAUCUAGGGCCUGUAAAGCUGGUUGGGUUACCAGACUGGGAGAGGAGAAAACAAAGUGAGUGUGAUGCAACAGGAAGAUACUUGAUCAUUGUGACCAACUGUAAUAAUUAGACCAUCACACUCAUGAAUCAAACGACCCCUGGUAUCUUCCAAGUAAUUUUUUCAUUGUUCUGUUAUUCCGACUCAAAUCUAGUUUGGAUUGCAAUAUUCCCUUUAAAAAUACAGCUAUAUCUGUGUUGUUACAACAGUGAUGGGACAUUCCGGGUCAUCAAAUUUGCCAUUUGCUGAUGUUUUCUGUCUGAAUAAAUUUAUUUGGCAUCAAAUCUAACAAAGUCGGAAAAUGACCCAUGUAGCAGAAUAUUCCAGCAAUCAUCAAGUGCUUAGCUAAGUCUGAUGGUUGUUAUUUAAGGUAAAUCAAUUGAUGUUAUGCCAUCAGAAUUCAUAAUUAAUCACACAAGAGCAAAAUAAGGGGUUUUAUGGGCAAAAUGUCUGGUUUUGUAUGGGGCUAAAAAGGCGUUUCAAACAUUAAAGACUGAAACUUUCAA